GCAGUAGGCUGUAGCUGUCUCAUGUCUCCUGUACUCGCAUGUGACGCACGCAUUUCCAAAACUCCUCGCAGGAAAGGGCUGCUCUGCUCGUUAGGAAGAAGAAGAAGCUGAGAAAUCAAAAAAUUUGAGAGAGGAGAAAGAGAGAUGAGAGAUCCGAUGCUGAUAGGCUUCUGCUUCUUUUUCUUAUGCUUUUUCUUUCCCAGUUUGUUUACUCUUGUCUUCGCUGGCGACCCUUUUGCUUACUAUGAUUGGAAGGUCUCAUAUAUCACUGCUUCUCCUUUAGGAGUUAAGCAACAGGUGAUUGGAAUUAAUGGACUGUUUCCUGGGCCAAUUCUUAAUGUGACUACUAACUGGAAUGUUGUUGUGAAUGUAAAAAACGAUUUGGAUGAGCCACUUCUUGUCACAUGGAAUGGUAUACAACUAAGGAAGAACUCUUGGCAGGAUGGUGUUUCUGGCACUAAUUGUCCUAUCCCUGCUGGUUGGAAUUGGACAUUUCAGUUUCAAGUUAAAGAUCAGAUAGGGAGUUUCUUUUAUUUCCCUUCCCUAAAUUUUCAGAGAGCUGCAGGUGGAUACGGAGGAAUUGUCAUAAAUAAUCGAAAUAUUAUUCCAGUACCAUUUGGAACACCUGAUGGAGAUAUUACAAUCUUUAUUAGUGACUGGUAUACCAAGAGUCAUAAGGGACUGAGGAAAGACCUCGAAGAUGGGAUUAACCUUGGACCGCCUGAUGGCAUCCUCAUUAAUGGAUUAGGCCCAUAUCGGUACAAUGAUUCUCUUGUCCCUAAUGGUAUUGCUUACCAGACAAUAAACGUUGAACCAGGAAAAACCUACCGUCUUCGAGUACACAAUGUUGGCAUCUCAACUAGCUUGAAUUUCAGAAUCCAAAAUCACAACCUACUUCUUGUGGAGACAGAAGGGUCCUACACUGUUCAACAGAACUAUACAAACAUGGAUAUCCAUGUGGGUCAAUCAUAUUCAUUCUUGGUCACAAUGGAUCAAAAUGCUAGCAGUGAUUACUACGUUGUUGCAAGUGCACGGUUUGUCAACUCAUCUGUUGGGGAUAGAGCUUCAGGUGUUGCCAUCUUGCAUUACUCUAAUUCUCAGGGUCCUGUUUUAGGUCCUCUUCCAGAUCCCCCUAAUGAGUAUGACACAUACUUCUCUAUGAAUCAAGCAAGAUCAAUCAGAUGGAAUGUCUCUGCUGGUGCUGCUCGUCCUAAUCCACAGGGAUCUUUCAGAUAUGGUCAAAUUACUGUCACAGAUGUAUAUAUAUUGCUUAACAGACCUGCAGAGCUUAUAAAUGGAAAGUGGCGAACUACCUUAAAUGGUAUUUCAUACUUUGCACCUGCAACACCCCUAAGGCUUGCCCAGCAAUUUAACAUUCCUGGAGUUUUCAAGUUGGAUUUCCCAAAUAGAAUGAUGAACAGACCUGCAAAGGUUGACACAUCAGUAAUUAAUGGUACUUAUAGAGGAUUUAUGGAAAUCAUACUCCAAAACAAUGAUACUACUGUUCAAAGCUACCAUAUGGAUGGAUAUGCAUUCUUUGUUGUAGGUAUGGACUAUGGAGUAUGGACAGAGAAUAGCAGAGGCACUUAUAACAAAUGGGAUGGAGUUGCUCGUUGCACGACACAGGUGUUUCCUGGAGCAUGGACAGCGAUUCUAGUUUCUCUUGAUAAUGUGGGCAUUUGGAACCUGCGUGUGCAGAACCUUGAUUCAUGGUAUUUGGGACAAGAAGUUUAUGUUAGUGUGGUAAAUCCAGAGGUGAAUGACAAGACUGAGCUUCCUUUGCCUGACAACACUAUCUUCUGUGGUGCACUUGCAAGCUUACAAAAGGACCAGGCACAGAGAGUAAGGUUUUCUGGUGCACCAUCCGUUGCUAAUGCAAGUACAAUCACAAUUUUGACUGCAUUUAUCAUAAUGUGGCUCAACAUAUUCUUCAAAUAAUCAUUUUGACUACAAACAUAAUCAUUGUUGACUUGUUUUAUUGUAUUUUAACAAUGUAUAGCAGAAAUUGUUUGUAACUCUGUAUUUUUAGCUCGAGCAAAAUAGGAAAAACUCAACAUCUAUCUUGGCUUUUCGUUUCUU